GCUUCCGUCAUUCGAUAGACCAAACUUCUCAACCCCCUCUUGCCACGACUUUAACUAGAGAUAGAUACAAACGCAUAACGGAAAUGUUUUCACGAUUAAAAGGCGUACUGGAAUCGCACAUAGAUUCGCAGAUUCAGCAAGAGCAAGCACGAACCCGAAAUUUACCAUCCCGCCGUUCAGGUUCUCCCGCGCAGCGCGCAGACUCUCGUGCAAGGACAGCCGCAGCGGGGAAGGAGAAGGACCCAUCUGAAUUCGAGAAUGAGAGCGAUGGGAGUUCAGUUACUACCUUGAUCCCUUCACGGGUGGGCACACCUCUUCAAGGGGAGGUGGUGUCAGGGGAUCCACUGGGAGCUGUGGGUGGUAAAUCACAGCCGAGUGGUAAGGAAAACGAGAAGAGUUCUUCUGGGGGAGCAAGUGGCACGGGCGAAGGUGGGAGCGGAGGUGGGAGAAAAAAUGAUGCUCCCUCUAGAAGUGCGAGCCCAGCCCCUGGACCUUUAUCUUCGUCGUCGUCGUCAUCGUCGCCUUCGUCAUCGAAUGUGGAUCUACCAACAGAUGUUAGAGUUAAACUGAGAAAGUUGGAGAAAAUCGAGGGGAAACACAACGAUCUACUACGUUCUUACAAGAUUGUUCAUGCCCGCAACGCUCUCAUCGAACCGUUUGAGAAAGCUCUUCGUGAAAAUACACCCUUCGAGUCAAUAGCCGAUCCCAAACCCCUCAUCGAUUACAUCAACAGUUUUGCUCUACGAGCCGACUUAGCGAAAGAGGAGCUUAUCCGAGUUUCUAAAGAGCGAGACGAGCAUAAAUCGCAGAUACAGAAACUCAAGGACGAACAGAGGGCUAGGGACGAGGAGAUUGAGAAAUUGAAGAAGGAAAUGAAAGUUUCAAAUGGAGUCGUGGAAAGCUCUACUACUAAGCAGCGGGGGGAGUCGUCUGAUGACAUCUUCUCGUUCGAUGAUGAGCAUGAGAAAUUGCAGACUUUGGUCCAGCAACAGCAGAAAGAGAUUGAGGCACUCAGGGCAGACCUUGAUUCAGCCAAAGCUGCUCAGAAAGCCGCCGAGGAGGCUGUGGAGGGAAUGCAACAAAGUGUAGAGGAUGCUCAAAAGGAUCUGGAAACUACACGCGAGCUUGCCUCCGCGAGAGAGAAUGAGGCUAUGGAGAUUGCAGAGAAGACUAGAAAAGAUUUGCAGGAGAUGGAAAGGGAUAGGGCUUUGACGGAAGAGAACUUGAAACUAGCGGAAGCUAGAUUCAAGGCAGCGGAGGAAAAAGCGAGGGUUGGAGCUGAGGAAUUGGGGGAGACUACGAAGGCGCUGGAUAAGAAAGCCAGAGAGCUUGAGGGGAAAAAGAAAGACCUUAAAGAGAAAGAGGCCGGGUUAACACAAGCUAAGAGGGCACUGGAGAUCUCAAAACAGAAAAUCUCUGACUUGGAGACAACCAAUAAUACGAAUAACGACAUGUUGAAACACCUUAGCAAGCUCACGGAGGAGGUCAAUCAGUUAAGGGAUGGGAAGAUCGUGCUACAACGGGCUGUCGUCAAUCUCGAAGGGAAACUUCGGGAAUCGGAGAGAAGGCUGGCUGAGAACUCAUCAAAGCCUAGCGUGGAGGCCCUCCCAGCCUCUAAGGAUUCCGAACCAAGCGCGGCUGGUGUUACAUCCGGAGUGGGCAAGAACACAAAGAAAAAUCGGAAGAGGAGAGGCAGAGUCAGAGGGGGUGCUCAAGGUUCAACUUCUACUCCAGAUGAAGGCCCGGUCAAGGACAGUGAGAUCGUCGAUGAGGAGCUAGAACCAGUGUUAGUUCCGGAAGCUAGCCUUUGGUCUGAGUCGAUUAUUGAGGAUCUUCAGAACCAGCUCGUUACGUUGCGUUCACAGUUGGAUGAGAAAGAUUCUGAGAUUGCCAAGUUUAACUCUGGUUUACAAUGGAGAUUGGAGGAGAAAGAAGAGGAGAUCGUUAGGCUAAAGGCCAAGUUGGUGGAUGUCGAAGCGGUCCACGAGGAGAUAGAAUCUCUGAGAGACGAUCUUGUAAAUCUCGGCCGGGACCAUAUGGAAGCCCGAGAUAAGAUUAAGGAUCAAGCGAAAGGGCUCCAUGAAGCAAGAACAAGGAAGGAAGAGCUUGAGCAAGAGGUUCAAGAAUUGGAAUCUGAGAUAUCGUCAUUGAAGUCGCAAAACUUGUUGACAUCUGCGGAAAACGAGAGAGCUCACGCCGCCCUGAUCGCAGAGCAUGAAGGCCUCAAACAGAAGUCUUCUACGCUUCAAACUGAUCUCUCCGCCGCCCAAAAAUUGGCAGCCACUAGAUACAAGGACAUUAUGGAGCUCCGAGUAGUUAUCGAGAAAGCGCAGACGGAACUCACGUCGCUGAGAGCAGAGGUGGCUGCUUUGACGGCCGGGAAAAAUGAGGCGAACCAAAAACUUGUUGAGUUGAAGCGUCUUGAGAGGUCUGAGAGAGACCUUAAGAACGACAUCGCAAACCUCAACAAGAAGAUAUCAGACAAGGAAACUGAGCUUGAGAAAAUGCGCGCCAAAGUUCGUGAGGAGGCAGCUAGGAGAGUCCAGGCGGAGGAGGCCACCAGGCGAGUUCAGAAGGACUUCAGGAAGUUGGAUGACGAGCGAAAGGAAGUGCUGGAAGCAGCGGACAAGAUCGCGCGAGACCACGCGAGAGUCCAGGAGGAGGUCAAUGCUCUGAAGCCGAAGGUUGCGGCUUUGGAAAAGGAAAUUAGAGCCCUUAGGGACAAAAAUACUACCCUGGCUGAGGAACUGGAAUUGAAGGUUGCGCAGUAUUCCAGCUCCCAAAGCUUGAUGGGCUCCAUGAGGGACCAAACCGGCGAACUAGCAAUGCAGAUGAAGGAAGCCGUCGAGAAAUAUGAAUCGAUGGAGGAGGAACUUACGGAAGCCCACAAACUCCUCAGCGAGCGUUCUAGAGAAGCAGAGACCAUGAGAAGACUGCUCAGUGAGGUUGAAGAUAGAAACGGCGCCCGAACUAGAGACAUGAAGGAACGCAUGGAGGCUGCCUUUGAUGAGCGUGACAAGGCCGAAGAGGAAGCUGCGACCAUUGGCCGCAGACGAGCAAGGGAAAUUGAGGAACUCCGCGAUAGAGUCCGGGAGUCGGAGCGCAAUCUAAAGCAUGCCGAAGAAUCCCAAACAGCAGCAGAACGGGAGCUGAACGGGUUGAGGGACGGUAAAUCCCGUGCUGAGGAGGCACUUGAAAGGAUCAAAGGAGAAUAUGAAGACACCAAGAAGGCUAUGAUAAGUAUGCAAGAUGCCCUCGACCAAACCGAUAACCAGAUGGAGGAAAUAGAGUGUCAAAGGGCAGAGAUGCGCAAGACUCUCCAGGAGGAACAAGCCCGCUCCGAGAAACUGCAGAAAUCAUACAAGGCUCUUCAAGAGGAAUACCGCCAGCUGCAGAUUAUCCGUCCAAAGGGCAUCGAUAACAACACCAGAUCAUCUAUAGACUCUGCCCGUUCCGGCCGCGCAUCACCAUCCUCCGCACAUGCUAAUACCCCGGGAAACCAGAUGGUGAACAUGGACUACCUAAAGAAUGUCCUCCUUCAAUUCCUCGAACAGAAGGACAAAAAGACACAGCUGCAGUUGGUGCCAGUUCUUGGCAUGCUUUUGAAAUUUGAUAAAAAGGACGAACAAAAAUGGCUAGCGGUCGUUUCUGCGAAGUAGUUGGAGGAGUGAUAGAUUGGUGGACCGAUUGGUCAAAAGGCGUUGACGUAUGGCUGUUUUUUCCCGAUAUUAUUUUUGUCUUUUUUCUUUGCUAUUAGGAAUGGGUUCCACGUAGGUUCUUAUGGGCAUUGUAGUAGUUAAUUAGUAUGGUUGCGGCGAUGGUCAG